GUUCAAAACUUCAACCUCAAAAUUUUUAUUAAUUUUUGUGUUAAUUUUAUUAUUGUUGAAAUUUAUUGCGUGACAUUACUUGUGUGAUAACGUUGCAACUUGGUUUAGAUUAUUUACGCGUUGUUAUUGGUGUGUGUGAAUGCAUUUGGUUGAAUCGCCUCAAAAUAUGCAUCCCCACUAUGCAUAAUUUUAACAUGUUUUUCUUUAUAUUCUUUAUUCCGAUUUUGACCCGGCUUUGCACCUCUGCCAGAUCUCAAGCAUAUGUAAAUCAUUCAAUGUGUUAAAAGUACCAUCAAUUUUCUUGUUAUAUCCAUUAAGUGCCAAUUAAUUUUAUCAAAUAUGUGUUUAUUCAGCAAAAAAAGUGUUCAUUAUCUCUUAACAAUAAGAACAAGAAAUUAUUAUUAUCGCGGAAGGUUUUUAACUACUGCUGUUGAUCCGCCAAAGAGCUUUAAAGAAAUACCAGGACCGCUCUCGCUUCCUCUGGUGGGGACCCUCUAUCUUUAUUUCCCAUUUAUCGGUCGUUAUCAGUUCGAUAGAUUACACAAAAAUGCCCUUAAAAACUUCCAACUUUACGGACCAAUUAUACGGGAGGAGAUUGUCCCAGGGGAACAUAUUGUCUGGUUGGGGGAUCCUGACGACAUUGCCAAAAUGUUCCACACGGAGGGCACCUACCCCUACAGGAAGAGCCACCUCACCUUGGAGAAAUACAGACUAGAUAGGCCCCACAUCUACAACUCAGGCGGUUUGCUCCCAACAAAUGGACCCGAAUGGUCAAGAAUCCGAAAAGUGUUCCAGAAAGGUCUCUCUGGCCCAACCGAGGCUCUUAGUUUUAUCAAAGGCUCAGAUGACGUGAUAUCUGAGUGGUUAGAUACUCGCUUCAAGAAAAUUCACAAAGAGACGUCAAACAUGGAUUUUCUUCAAGAACUCUCAAGGUUAUUUUUAGAGCUGAUAGGCGUUGCCGCUUUUGAUAUAAGAUUUCAAAGUUUUCACGAUGAUGAAUUAGACCCGUGCUCCAAAAGUACGAAAUUAUUAGAAUCAGCCUUUGUUACUAAUAGUACAAUUUUAAAGACGGAUAAUGGGCCCCAAUUGUGGCGCAAAUUCGAAACACCGGCCUACAGGAGGCUGAGAAAAGCGCAGGAAUUAAUGGAGAGCGUUGCGAUUGAUUUGGUGGCUUUGAAGUUGUCCACCUUCAAGGAAAAAACAUCAAAUCCUCCCACUUUGCUUGAGCGAUACCUCGCCUCUGCCUCUCUGGACUUCAAGGACAUUAUAGGCGUAGUGUGCGAUUUUUUGUUGGCAGGAAUGGACACUACCACAUACUCCUCAAGUUUCCUGCUUUACCACUUAGCCACCAACCCUUCAACUCAAGACGCACUUUACGAGGAGGCUUGCCGUCUCCUCCCGAACCCUGCGGCCCCUCUAACUACAGAAAAAUACAAACAAGCAGAAUAUGCAAAAUGUGCUGUGAAAGAAUCUCUAAGAUUGCGGCCGAUUUCGAUCGGUGUCGGCCGCCAGUUGACUACAGAUGUUGUUUUUUCAGGGUACAAAGUGCCUUCAGGGACGGUUGUAGUGACUUUGAACCAAGUUUUGAGCCGGAUGGAGAAAUAUUUUCCGGAGCCUGAUUCAUUUAAGCCUGAACGUUGGAUGAAAAAUGACCCUUCCUACGUCCAGACGCACCCGUAUCUUGUGAUACCUUUCGGGCAUGGGCAAAGGUCCUGCAUUGCGAGAAGGUUUGCCGAACAGAAUAUGGUUAUUUUAAUUCUAAAGUUGGCGAGAAAAUACAAAUUGAGAUGGAACGGAUCUGAAAUCGACUCAAAAUCCCUACUGAUCAAUAAACCAGAUGGACCAAUUUUAUUGUCUUUUGAGCCAAGAUAGUAUGUAUGAGUAUAUUUGCAAGUAUUUUUACAUGUAAUUAUUGCCACUAACGAAAUAUAUUUUUAUAAGUA